AACUGUCAGUUGUUUCAAAACAAACAACAAAGCAACAGCUCUUGGGGCCCUUUUUCUCCUUGUUAGUUCGUCAGCAAUGUUUCCCAGCAAUGCCGUGCGUAGGGCCAUCAAAAGUUCAUUCCGUUCAUUUCAUCUAAGUGCCACGUGCUAUUCAAAACCAGCGCCGGUUGCGCUUUCCUUCACGCGGUACGAAAACAACGCAUCGGACAGCAAUGCUCCGCCGGUUUUGGUGCUUCACGGGCUGUUCGGGUCAAAGUCGAACUGGAACAGUUUGGGCAAGGCGUUUCACAAAAAUACAAAACCCGUUCGUAAGAUCUACGCCAUCGAUGCCCGCAAUCACGGCGACAGUCCACACACGGACGAACACUCCUACGACCAUAUGGUGGAGGAUUUGGUGCAGCUCUACAAAACUUUGGGCAUCGAUAAGGCCUCCAUCAUUGGGCACAGCAUGGGCGGUCGGGCUAUGAUGCUGUUGGCACUGAAAUAUCCUGAGCUGGUAGAGAAAGCCAUCAUUGUCGACAUUUCACCCUCGACCGGGCUUGGCACGAGCAACACAAACAUCCCACUGUUCCUGCAGUCGAUGAAAAUGAUUCAAAUUUCACCCACGGCAACCAUUCACCAAGCGCGCAAGCUUGCGGACGAGCAGCUGGCCCGGAUCAUCGCGGAAAAGUCACUGCGGGACUUCCUGAUCACGAAUCUGGUCAAGGCGGAAAAGGAAGGCGGCCAGUUUCGGUGGCGCAUCAAUCUGGAAGCGUUGGAGCGCAAUUUCAACACCGGGGUGGCCCAGUUUCCUCAACUGACUGGGCGGAAGUUCGAGGGACCGACGUUGUUUAUUGCCGGUGGACGAUCGGAUUAUGUAAAGUCGGAAGACGUUCCGCUGAUAAAGACGCUGUUCCCCAAUUCGGAAAUUACGUACGUAAAGGAUGCUGGCCACUGGGUGCACAGCGAAAAGUCGACCGAGUUCUCCAAGCUGGUGCUGAAUUUUCUCAACGAGUAGUGACGCUUAAGUGACUAGGCAAUUGUACAAUAUCGAAUUUAUCUAGUUUUGAUGUAGAAUAAAUUUGUUAUCAUUGA